AUGGUGUCGAAGAAAAAAGGCGCGUCGAAGAAGGCUGGGCAAGCAUCCAAGGGGGAAACGGUCGGCGUGCUCACGCUCAGCUAUGAAGAAGCGAAAGCCAGACUCGAGCACCUCGAGGGCCUCGAACAGGUUUCCCAAAACGACCUCGUGGAGUACUACGGUGUCGACCAGGAUCCCGGCGAGCUGCACGCCCGCCCGUCGACACAGCGCAAGGGCAACCCCAACUGUUUGGCAGGCAUGGUGCCGUCUCCGGAAGGAACGCGCGUCAAGGGGAUCUGGUCGAAAGACCAUCCCUCGCUGUGCAAGCCAGGCGACGACCCCAAGCAGCUGAGGCGGAGCGCGCCCUCGCAGCCCACGGGCCUCACGAACCUCGGGGCGACGUGCUACGUGAACGCACUCGUUCAGGCACUGUUCUACGUUCCGCCGCUGCGCAAAGGGAUCCUUCAUGCCAAUGACGUCCUCCGCGCCGAUCCCGCCAUCAGCCAGCUGCGACGGAUCUUCGCCAUGAUGCAAGCCGGGCCAUUCUCGAAAGUGGACUCCAAGCCGCUUGUCUCAACACUGCGGCUCCCCGAGGACGUGCAACAGGACCUCCAGGAAUUCAAGACGUUUCUGUUCGGGUACCUCGAAGAGCGGUUCGCUGAGGCCGCCACUCAGUACGACGACGUGAUGAAGGCUUUCCGCGGGCGCGAGUCAUGGGCCAUGCGUUGCGAGAAGUGCAAGAAGUUCUCUUCAAAGUCGACUGAGGUUCAGCGCUUCUACGAAGUCCAGGUCGAGCCCGAGCACUCACGAGGGCUCCCAGUAUGCCUGGAGCGCGCAUUCGCCAGCGAGGAGGUCGAAGGGGUCAACUGCGAGCACUGCAAAGCCAGACGGACCUUCACGAGGUUUCAUGCGGUCCGAGAGCUGCCAGAGUAUCUCGUUUUGUCCGUCAAGAGGUACAAGUGGGAUCUACGUUCCGGGGAGCGGAAAAAGAUAAACUCUCAGAUGCAGUUUCCUACGUCCCUGGACAUGGGGCGGAUUCUGGAGACAAGCAUCUAUGCAACUGACUUUGGCGAAGAGCUGCAGAAACACUGCCCGUACCAGCCAGGUUGA